AAGUUAAAGAAUUGCCCCUACUGAAGAGUUUACUGUUGACACUGUUCAAAAAAGGCCCGAGGGAGGGCCAUUCCUGGGGGAAGUACACAUCACCCCUAAAAAUUGCAAUCACGGGGAAAAUCAAAAAAGACGCUAAAAGGUUGGCUGAACAUCUAAGGAGGACCUUCCCCCUAAAGGUGUACGAUGUUGAUGAGAUCGAAGAGGACGUCCGACGGAUCUGCAGCGGAGGGAGCAAUCACGAUGGUAAGUGCAGCAGGUGGGCUGUAGCCAAGAAGAAGAAACGGGCGCAACUAUAAAUGAACAAAAAGAGAAUCGCCAGGAAGAUAAAAAGGAUUGCUCAAACAUUAAGACAAAAGAAUUAUGAAGAAAAAAACAGGGACAGUCUCUACGCCGAUUUGUUGUACUACCUCAUAAAGUACGACUACGACCUCUUCCAUGUGAGCAGAAGGGGAAGGAACAGUAAAGGGUUAAAGGAAGUCUCCACAAACGAAGAAACAAAGAAUUCAAAAAGGAACAAGUACAGAGGAUACAUCAUCGUCAACUUUUUUUAUUCCCUAAAACAGUACGUCCUGUUUGAGCUGAAAGUGAAGAAGCUUUUUAUAUUCAACGAUUUUUUACAUGAACAUGUUCAUAAAUUAGAAAGGGGGAAAAUACCACGUGAGGAUAACGAACCCUGUAACAAUCAACCAGAGUUGCAAAGAAAAAAAGGAGACGCGAAACAGGGAGUGAACUAUGCUUAUAGGAAAACUUCACCUGAGGGAAAGAACAAACAUAGUGCUAAUAAAAAAAAGAAAAACGGUAAAGCUGGCACAGAGGUGAAUCCCCUACACAAUGAUAACGAUGUAUACAGAGAGGAGGAAGUUACAACAGAACAGCUUCGAACCCAUGAUAUGGAAAAAAAAAACAUUUUAUUUUUCUCCAAUUUUAUUUGCAACAUUAUUGAUUCGAAUCACAUCAAGGGAAGACAUCACCUCUCCGGGGCGACUGACUUACACUUCCAUAUUGAUAGGAGCAAUAGGGAGAUGAAUAGAAUUUUAUUUGGUCGUAUCACCAAGGGGGAACUCUCCACCGAGGUUGGCCGAGAAAAGGACAAGGGUGACCACACGGAGGGAAAGUACUCUCCAAAGAUAAGUGAUGGAUUCGUAAAACUGAAAAGAAUCAACACUGCUACUGUGCUCAGAGGGGAAAGCGACACAGAACUUGGGAAUCCACAAAGUUGUAAAAAAAAAAAAAAACAUACAAUGAGGUGCAGAAUUGUAAGUGAGAAAAGGGUUCCUAUAAAGGCUCCUAAAAAGGGACAAGGCGAACAAGACACCAAGUGCACCUUUUCGGAUAACCAAGCAGUCGAUCCUGAUGAGGAAAAGUUCCGCUCCAAUUUGCAUCUAAUGAAACGAAUUUUCCAGAUGGACCGAAAUUGCCAAGAGGUAGAGGCAUUCCUAAAAGCCUACGACGGGGGGUCCACAUACCCACGGUUUCAUCUGCUGGGGAGACACCCGUGCAGGUCGGCGAGUCUUUUAGUUUCGAAGAUUUUGCGCAGUGGACGGGGGGGGAGACACGUGGAAAAAACGCGCAGCGGAGGGGAAGUGGGUGACCCCGGAAGGGGCAUAAGCGAAAAAGACACCAAAAUGGAGGGUAACUGUGGUGCUAAAACAGACUCUCAUCCGAAGGGGGAUCCCCUCCCCAGAAAGCUGGACAGCCACACGGCCACCUACUUCAAACUUCGCUACUGUAACAUCGUCAAGGAGUACGUAUGCCACCUCUUCAACCUCUUCGUGUGGAAACAAAAUCUGAAAAAAAACAUGCAGCAGACGGUCCAACAUGUACACAGAAAUAUACAAAUGUUCACACACGAUGUGGACAUUGAACCCAUUAACGAAAUUAUCCAGUCUUACAACCAGUUGAGAAAAGGGGUAGUUCAAAAUAAAAAAGUGGAGCUAGUCCUGUGUAAUGCAAUAAACAGCAUUAUGAUAAAAACGUGGGUGCAAAUUUUGAAGGGGAAGAAUGAGUUUAGACAGAAAGAGAAAAUAUGGAUACAGAAAUGGAUGGAUAUGCAAAUGUUCCUCCUGAUUUUUUUCUCCUUUUACUCUAUCAGCAUAGAACAUGAGCUGUAUGUUAAGCUGUCCCACUUUGUAAAUGAAAUGGUGUGUUGUCUACUGAGUCAGGAGGAUGGGCCACCAUCCAAAAAUGAGAAAGAGAAAUACUUGCUCAUUUUUAAUUAUUUCCCAAAAAGUAAAAAAGAUUUUUACACAUUCGAGGGGGACAAUUAUCAUUUCCCAUUUGUACAAAAUGUUCGAGAGGAUGUCCGAAAAUUUUUAACAGAACAUCUGAAUGGAAGAAGUUCGAGCAAGGGGAAAAGUGAUGAGUCCAGUAGCCACGACAGCCCCUUCCACGCAGAACGCGAAAAGGAUGCCCUCCGCUUGGCCAAAGAGUUCCAUUUUUUAAGCAGCUGCAAAUUUGUUCACAAAUUUAAUUGCCUUCUCAACGAUACGGUGUCUACUCUCAGAGCGUAUUUUUUCAUUUUUCACGACCUCAACAACUAUAUCCAUGAUUUUAUCGCUUUGCACUACUUCGCCAUCUACAAACAGGGAGGCUUCGAAAAAGAAAAGAAGAAAGACACCUUCGGGAUGGAAAUGCAAAAGGGAGAAAAUGGAGGAAGAAGCUUUCGCCUUGCUUGGUCCAAUCUAGAAAGAAGGGGGAGGAUACCUCGGUGAAUGAAACAGUCUUUCCGAAAUAACAUGAUGUUUAUUUUUUUAAAAAAUAUCGUGAGUCACAUCUUUGUUGAACAUCACUCCGUUAUGAUAUCCAGAGGGGACCUCCAAAAUGCUAUCACGAAGAGUCUCCUUUUUGUAAAAGAUAAGACAGAACAAGUAAAUAUCUACAAGCUUAUUGGUGUUACUCUCCUGGGUGCCUACUUCAAAGAACGAAGUGUGUCUCCGGAGUCGUUCCUCCUACAAGGAAAUCGGAAAAACGAUCAUAAUGAUUCGCCAUGUGUCUUUCUUGGGAGGGCCAUCAUUUUCCCGAAUUACUUGAACGUCCUGGAGCAAAAGAUGGCAUCCAAGGGAGAGCUCAGUGGGAGCGAACGACUGCAGGUGCUGAGGGGCUGCCUAUCCUUUUGGGCAAGCUUGACUGAUGGGGACAGCCCGCUUGGCGGAGGUGGUUUGGCUGAGCAGGGGGUGACCGCACGGGCCGAAAAGGGUGGCUCGGAAGACGCCGGGAAUGUUUUCUCAGAGGAUCCAGCUAAACACGCAGCUAGCCAAAACUACGCAGAAAAAAACCACCUGAACAACACACACAAAAAAAAAAAUUGCGAAGAAAGCGUCGACUACUUCACAUUCGCACAGUUUGCCGCCUUGGGAUUAUUCGACUUCGUGAAGGACACACAAAAAAAACUCACAAAGGAAGAAAGAAAAAAGCAAAACUACGAAAUUUAUCUGCUGAAUAAAUUUGUUUUUAAUUUUUUAUUUUCACUUAGUUUAUUUCCUAAUUUUUACGAACAUGUCCAAAUUUAUGUAAGAAAAUAUUUGUUGAAAAAAAAUGCAGAAGUGGUCUCCUCCUUUGAAAAGUGCGUGAAGGAGAAAAUGAAGAGUAUAGAGGAGAGGGGGUAUGUCCACGUCGCCCCUGCACAGGCAUGGGGGGUGGGAGUAAAUGAUUUGAGAAGGGGGCAAGACCAUUCUGCGACGCUGUUUAAUACAAAAAAAAAGGUGCGGGUAAAAGAAAUACUCAUUUUUUUUCACACCAGCUAUCAUUACGACUGUUAA